AGGCCUGGAAACUAGUGUCUUCGUGUAACAAGAAACAUGACAGCCAUAAGAGAGGUGGAGAAAUAUUUUCUUAGCUGUAACAAAUAAAGAGACAGGAAGAUUUUUAAUACAAAGAAAGCUAUAUAGACUCAAAGGAUAGUGCAAGAUGUCUGAGACAUCACGACAAGAGAAAUUGGCUUCCGCCAAGCGAAAGCUAAAGCAGUUCCAGCAGAGGAAAACACCAAGCAAUUCUCCUGCACCAAACCCAAGUCCUAGCCAUAGUCUUCAGAAGACAUCUAAUGAACUCAUGUUUGGACCAGGCUUUCAGUCACCAUAUAAUCAAAGUCAGACUUUGAGUCCUCAGUCACUUCAAUUUACUCCAAAAAAAAUACAAGAUGCAGGCACACCCAACUCUCCAGCUAAAAAUGUUAAUGGAGAUCAUCGGGAGGCUGACAAAAAGGAUGGAAAUCCAGCCAUUCAUGCAAAUUCACCUGAUAUUACUAAAAGUGAAAGUAAUAAAAGACAUGCCAUCCAGACAUCAGAGAUGAUGAAGGCAGAGGAUAACAUCAGCAUUCAAAGAGAUUUCUCUCCAGCUGAGAAAAUAAAGCAUAUUUCAAAUCAGUUAAAUGGAAUGAUCACAAAGGACAUUCUUCUAAAUGCAGAUGAACAAAUUCUAAAGGAACUAGGAUCACUUGAGAAAAGAAAUAACGAGUUAGAAAGUAGCCUGCAAUCAUACAAAAGAUCAAAUCAACAGUUAACCAAUCAACUUAACGAACAAAGGAAAAUGGUAAUACAGUAUCAAGAGAAAUUGAAAAAGGAAAAGUCGGAAGGCUCUGGGGUGCAGUCGCAAGAACUAAGAGCAGCAAAAGAGCAGCUUGAGGUUCAUAUUCAAACAAUUGGUAUUCUGGUUUCUGACAAAAGCGAAUUACAAGAAAAUCUCAAAAGAUCGCAAAAGAAAUUGCAGAAAAAGGAGGGUGAAAACGAGGAUUUACAGAACAGACUCCAGGCCGUACGUCAGAGAGUUGUUGAAUUGGAAAGAAACUUAUCCAACUUGCAAAUGAAUUGCGAAAAAUAUCAAAAGAACAACAAAGACCUGGCACAGGAAUUAGAGAAAUCCAACACUAGAUGUCACUCUGCUGUAAAAGAAAAAGAGGAUUUAUCUCAACAGACGUCUGAGCUGCGUGAAAUCCUAGCCACGAAGUCUGCUGAAAGUGAUAAGUUGCAGAACAAAGUUACUGAAUUGACCAACAAACUUCAGAAAGCUGAGAACAUCGCUCAACAGUUGUCAUCAGACUCGAGUAGCUCAGAGUCGUGGGAUAAACUUCACACUGAAUCUGACAUGUUAAAGCAAAAGCUCAGUGAGCAAACAAAGCUUUUAGAAAAGCUUAGUUCAGAAAAGGGGGAGAUUCUAGAAAGAAAUCACUUGCGAAUUGAAAGCCUCGAAUUGGCGAUUGACGAUCAGCGUGCAUUGAUCGAAAAGUACGAGAAUCGAAUUGAAGAGCUAGAAUCGAAGGAUGCCACUUCACAGCAACAGAUAGUUGAAUUUGAAAAGAAAAUUGCGGAAAUGCUCGAUAAAGAGGCAAUGCAACAGACAAAAGCCACCCAUCUUGCUGCAGGCGAAAUCGAGAAACUAACGAACGAAAAGUCAAGUAUAGAAAAUGAACUGGACAUACAGGUCAGCGAGAAUAGACGAUUAAGCAAGCUAGUUUUGGAUCAAGAUGAACGAAUCCAAGAGUUGGAGUCUGCCGUUGCUAGAUUAGGUGAAGACGCCGUUGACCGUGUGUCAUUGCUUGAAGAUAUGCAGAGCGAUAAAGAAACAAUCAGUCGUGCCAUGCAGCAAAACAAGGCGCUCAAGGAUCAAUUAGAGCAGCUGGAAAGAGGCUUCGUCAAGACAACCAAUUCAAAUGCCGAGCUCACCACCAGCCUGCAGAAAGAGCAACAUCUAAACACAGAAUUGGCUUCAAAAUUGAGUGAAAUUGGCGUUGAAUUAGAAGAGAAGAAAGCCGAGCUCCAAAAGAUGGAUUCUGCGUCGAGGAGUCUUCAGACUGAGAUUUCGGAAUUGAGAAACAAUUCUUCUCUAAUGGAAACCAACGUGGAUAGUGAAAAGCAAGAACUUCUAACAGCAAUCGAAAAAUUACAAGAGCAUUUAGACCGCCAGAUUCAACAGAACGAGAAACUCAGACAUCUGGAAGGGCAGUUAGCGCUAACAGAUAAAUUGCACACGGAGCUACAGUCUGCACAGGACACUAUCAACUUAUUGUCGAUACAAAAUGGACAGCUGCGAGAGCAACUACGAAGCAACGUAUACAUUACUAACCAAGAUGACGUCGACUCUGGGAUGGACCCAAGGCGACAAAAUGGUUAUGAUCAUGAUCAUAACGCAGAUGGUGGUGAUUCGCAUUUGGAUGACCAUGACCAUUCUGAUGUGGAUGAUCAUGAUACACAGAGCAACGAAGAGAGCUCGGAGGAAGUCGAUCACGACUCAUAUGGCCAGCAAAAUGAUUCAAUCACCCAGGAAGUGUUAUACUCAUAUCGCAAUGCCAUUGGACAACUGGAAGCAGACCGUGAUGAGCUCUACGAAUUACUUCAGAAGGAGCGCCAGGAUUCUGCGGAAGAGACGCAAAAAAUCAAAGAUCACAUGGAGAUGCAACUGCAACAACAGUUGAAGCAGCAACUACGCCAUGUGCAGGAGCAUUACCACCAACAAAUCCAUGAGCAGCAAUUGCAAAUAAAUAAACUACAAGAAACCAUUGAUGACCACAAGAGGCAGGAAAACAUUAUUCAAGCUGAUGUUAAUGACAAUGGGAUCAACUUCGACACCUUAAAAAUCGCGUUUCACCAACUUCAGAAUCGAUUCAAAUCACUUUUGGAUGAGAAAAUAGCUUUAUCAGACAAACUUCAAGAGAUGGAGCAUAGCAACUUCCAGCUUGCGUCUGAAACUGAAACCAUCGGUGAAUACAUAAAUCUCUAUAGAACACAAAGAUUGGCUUUGAAGGAUAAAUUUUUAGAGAAAGAUCGUUUGAUCUCUCAGUUAUCAAAUGAGCACAGCCGAAUGCAGUCGAAGAUUUCGCAUCUUCAAGAACUUGUUAUGCAAACUUUGGCUGAGAAAUCUAGAAUAGAAGAAGAAAAGGUACAGCUACAAGAGCUCGUAAACAAAAGACUUGCAAUACAAUCUGGCGAAGAGCGAGAAACUGAAAUCCCUAAAUUUGAUCUAUCGAACAAUUCUCUAUACGAUGAGACCAUAUCUUUCCCAUCAAACGACGAGGAUCAUUCGAAACACAUAGCGGGAAGGAGAGAAAGGACAGAAAGCGAAACAAGUGGUUUUAGUGAUGGUAAAAGACAGCAAAUUAUGCAGUUAUUUGAACAAUUAAACGACACUGGGGAGGGGUAUCAAAGGGGGUGGCUGUCGCCUGCUGUCAGGCGAAAGGAGUUUACUCCAUGCAAACAUUGUGGGGGUAGGACAAUUAAUUUAUAGGGUCGGGCAUUAUUGCCCAUGGCUAGGUGGUAUUCAGGCUGUACAUGGUUGGUUUUUAUUAACAAGCUUUCUGUAUUAGUAUUUGUAUUCAUAAGCAGUUUUGUGGAGUAUAUCUUCAAGAUGGUGAUUAUUUUUGUUAAUAAAAUGGAAGCGGAAAGUUAAACGAACACCUAGGCACUGAAAAAUGCUCGAGUAUAAUGACAUUUUAUACGCAUUUGCAUCGGUCAUACAGAAUGCCCAGCCUGGAUAUCUCCUGUCCAAUCAUACCGUAUUCUGAGGCAACUAGAAUUUUUGGCAAAUUGCUUAACAAUAAACAGAGGUAUAGAGGCAAACUUUGUAUUUCUACUGGAAAAUAUCAGGUUCAGUACUUGAUACUCUGCACAAAAGGUGAAUUGCCUUUGCAAUAUCUGGGUAUUAGACUGCAAUAUUUGGCAAUACCUGGGUAUUUUACUAGUUAAUAAUUGAGUAUUUAGAAAUGCUAUGUACCAGGUUAAUUUACUAGCUAAUAAUUGAGUAUUGUACUUGGUAAUAACUGGGUAUUUCACUGGUUAAUACCUGAGUAUUUAAAAAUGUUAUGUACCUAGGUAUUGUACUUGGCAAUACCUAGGUAUUUUUCUGGUAAUACCUUGGCUAUUUUUAAUAGAUUUCAGGAUAACAUCUCAUUCAGGUAGUAUAGGAUAGGCAAGCAUAUCUUGACUAAACGAAAAGACAUCAGAACGUCAUGAAGUUAUAGAAAAAGUUGCCAAAAAUUCUAGUUGCCUUCUUAAUGAAUUUUAAAAUUGUGCUAUUAUUGAAUGGCAAUGUAUUGUUUGCUAUGCAGAGAAUGAUAUUUACAUUAGCAAAUUAUUAGAUUGGUAGAGACUUUGAUGUACUAUUCUUAAAAAAUCACUCAAAAAGCUAUCGAAUUUA